GCUCGUGCAGCAGUCCUCUGCCUUACUACUUCCAGAACCACAUUUCAACAUGACAUAAGAAGCAAAACCCGGCUCUUCCAGCCAGAAGCUCACCGUUUUUGCCAAACAGCCCUCGCAGCAUCCCAGCGGUACUAAUUUCCAACUUUUUUUCCCGCAACAUUCUCCCCCGAAACCCCUCCCCUGUACUUUUUCAUUCGUUCCCGGGAGAUAAGUCAAUUUCCUGGGAAAUUAAAGGAGGUUGCUCGUUAAUAUUUUUUAUUUUUUCACUUCGGGGACCCGCAUGGAUGUGGCAGCGGUAGAGGGGAUGUCUCUGCCGGGUAUCCGACUCCGGAAUCGGCCGGCGCAAGUGAUGCCGAACCAGAAGAAGGUCAGAGCGAGGCGGAAAAGACGAAAGGAGUUGGUUUUGAUCCAGAUAUGCUUGUUCGGCGGCUUGCUGCUGGUCGUGAAGGGCUUUUCCUACUUAGCGGAAAAUUCAGGUUUCGGUGUCUCCAGCCACAGCAGAGAGGACCAGGGGAGAUGGGGAGGGAGGAGGCUACUGCAGGAAAUGGACAACGGCAGCCUGGAGGAACUGGAGAGUGAAGGAUCUAAGAACUGCACUGCUCCAGCUCUGCACGAGUUCCCUACAGACCUGUUCACAAACAAAGAGAGAGCAGAAGGAGCUGUGGCCCUGCAUGUCCUGUGUGCCAUUUACAUGUUCUGUGCCCUGGCCCUCGUCUGUGAUGACUACUUCGUCCCCUCUCUGGAGAAACUUUGUGAGCGUCUUCAUCUCAGUGAGGACGUAGCAGGUGCUACCUUCAUGGCCGCCGGCAGCUCGGCCCCUGAGCUCUUCACGUCCGUCAUAGGGGUGUUCAUCACCAAAGGUGACGUGGGUGUGGGGACCAUCGUGGGUUCAGCUGUCUUCAACAUCCUGUGCAUCAUCGGCGUGUGUGGCUUCUUCGCCGGACAGGCAGUGAAACUCUCUCAUUGGGCUCUGCUCCGGGAUUCAAUUUAUUACACAUUUGCUAUCACGGCCCUCAUUGCGUUCAUCUACGAUGAGAAGGUGUGCUGGUGGGAGUCUCUUGUCCUGAUCCUCAUGUAUUUGGUGUACAUCCUCAUCAUGAAGUUUAACGGCAGGGCACAUCGCUACUUUGACCGUCGAAAGAAGAGCUCUCUGAAUCUGGCUAACGGGCUGACAGGAAGCACUGAUCUCGAGGAUAAUGUCACGUGUGAUGCCACUGCAGUCCUGCUCAAGAAAGCUAACUUCCACUGUAAGCCUUCGGUGCUGAUGGUGGACGAGCUGCUGUCUGCAUACCCCCACCAGCUGUCUUUCUCCGAGGCUGGCAUGAGAAUCAUGAUCACCAGUCAUUUCUCCCCCAGAACCCGCCUCACCAUGGCUUCACGCAUGCUUAUCAAUGAGAGACAAAGACUGAUCAACACCACUGAGACUCGAGUCAACCGCAUCACUAAUGGCGACUCUGACUCAGCCGCCAGGGCGCAGGGGAGGCGGGGCUUAGAGAAUGGGAUGGGCGGGGCCGAACAGGGUCUGAACGGGAGGUGCAGACUUCAGCGACUGGAGUCCGGGAACGAGACGGAGAAUGAAAAUGAGGAUAAUGAGAACAAUGAGAACGACGGGGAAGGAGAGGGGGAAGAUGAUAACAACGGCCCCUUGGUGCCUUUCAAAGUUCCAGCUGGGGUGUGCAACAAGCUGAAGUGGCUGACCAUGUGGCCGCUGUCUCUGCUCCUGUUCUUCACCGUGCCCAACUGUGGCAAGCGCCGCUGGGAGAGAUGGUUCAUGGUCUCCUUCUUCACCGCCACCAUCUGGAUCGCUGGCCUCUCCUACAUCAUGGUCUGGAUGGUGACCGUGAUCGGCUUCACCCUGGGAAUUCCUGACGUUAUCAUGGGCAUCACCUUCCUGGCAGCCGGCACCAGUGUCCCCGACUGCAUGGCUAGUGUUAUAGUCGCACGUCAAGGUCUAGGAGACAUGGCCAUCUCCAACUCCAUAGGCAGUAAUGUGUUUGACAUCCUGGUGGGCCUGGGCCUGCCCUGGGCUCUGCAAACACUCUGCAUCGACUACGGCUCCAACAUUCAUCUGAACAGCAAAGGUCUCAUAUUCUCUGUUGGACUCCUUCUAGCUUCAGUAUUCUUCACAGUUCUCGGUGUCCAUUUGAACAAAUGGACUCUGGACUGGAGACUGGGCUUGGCCUGCCUCAUUUUGUACGCCAUCUUUCUUUGUUUCUCCAUCCUCAUCGAGUUCAACGUCUUCAUCUUUGUCAACCUUCCUAUGUGUCGAGACAUCCACUGACCUCCUCCUCCUCUUCUUCUUCUCCUUCUUCUCCUUCUUCUUGUUCUUCUUCUUCUUCUUUAUCUUCUUCUUCUUCUUCCUGUGGUUAAUGGAGGAAACCUCACCUGGCUUCCAGUUUCUCCGCGUCUUGGAACCAAGUUCUACCUUUUAUUUUUUCAAAUAGAAAAAUAGAGCUCUACAUGAUUUAUCUUUGGUGCAAUACACACAGGAGAGAAGAAACCGGAAGUUUUGUUUUUUUGGGACCAGACGGCAGGCGUGAAAAGAAAGUCCCAGCAGCAGAGAUUGCUGCCAAUCGUCUAAUGAACUGAAAGGUUGGCUGGAGUGAACUCAACUGUAUUAACACCAACACUUAGGCUACUGUUGGUGAAGAAGCUGCUACUGUAACUGACUGACCAGCGGAAAGAUGGAAAUCCUGCGCGAACAGCGAUUUUUAGCUGGAUUGUUUGUUACUCUUUGUACAAGUUUGGAUAUAAGCACACGAUUAAGGUAUUUUUAAGUAAAAACUGGCUUUCUCUGUAUAUAUUUGAGGAUUAUAUAAGUACUAAUUUUAGUUGAUAUAUGGGAUUCUCUUAUGCACAACAGGAUCAGUCUCACGAAGCUGAACGAUCUGAUGACAGUCACGAUAUUUUAUGUUUCACCUUAGUGAUUUGGUCUGACAGUACUGCACUCAAAAUGCUUCAACACGUCUCCCGUGCGCAGUACCAGCCGACAUAGUACUAGCCACAGGUCAAUUGUAGCUUUGCAAUGUGUAGAUAUUUAACACUAUUCACAUAGAGUCUAUUCUUGUUUGUUUCUCUCUCUCUCUCUCUACAGGCACAUCCGAGUAGAUGUGGGCUUUAUUUUUCUUUGAUAAACCCACAUAGGAAAGGGAUCUCCCUGGAACUGACAUCCAGCACUGUCACUUUAUUGAUUAGAGAUAUUAUUCUGUCAUUGCAAAGCCUCUACAGGUACUCGAAACAUCUAACUACUGAAUUUAAAGUUCCCUCUAGACUGUAGACCCCUUGUACGAUAUUAAAGGAUUAGUUUAGUCUCUGAGUUGAGUAUAACAUUGUUACUUCCUAAAGCCAAAAGUAUUUUUAGAAUAGGAGUAAGAGUCGUAGAUUUGGACUUAAGAGUCAGCUCGAGUGCAAAGUCUUGUGAGUCUGUGUGUGUGUGUGUGUAUGUGUGUGCGUUUGUGUGCAUGUGUGUGCAUGUGUGUGCGUGUCUGCGUGUGUAUGUGUGUGUCGAGGGGAACCAAGGACAUCACUGUUACUGGGAAGACAUAAUCAUGAUUUAUUUAUGAAUUAAUUUAUUCAAAGAUCAUGUCUAACCACCAGUUUCAGCCCUUUGGAUCAUGUACAGUGUAUUAAAUGGAACGCUCUCCGCUCUCUGAUGACAGAGCUGUACAAUGUACUGUAUCUAAUAUAUAAUCUAAGUACUGGAAACUGACUUGAUGUUGUUUAUAUUUAAGAAUAGAACUUUAUAAUUUAUAAGUUUUGUAUAGCUUGGAAAGAUAAUGCAACAUUUGUAUACCGGGACAAACCCAGUGGUUUUUGACGAUGAUGCAGGGUUGCGUUGCCGUGGAGAUGUUGCUGUUUGGAGAGAUGGACUGAAAAUGCAUCUUUAGCACUGGUCCAAACAUGGGUGGCGGCUGUUGCCAAUACCUCGCAUGUUGAAUUAGUGAUGAGUCACAGAUGUAAGAGAUUCACUUUCAGGUAAAACAGGAAGUGCGUACUGAUGGCACGCCACCCUUUGAACUUUCACAACAUACUGUUCUCUCAACACAGUGCUUGAACUCUUGUGCCAUCCCUUGUAUUUGAGGCUUCAAAAGCAACGCUUGUGGCCAUUCUCCUGCUUGUAUUUGAGCCAAAAAACACCUUUGUCAACAGUAUUGCCACUCUGUUUCAGCAUGUGUUCAAACAAAAUGUGGAAGAUGUGUAUUUUUAUUUUACCUUAAAGGAGAAUUCUCAUGUUAAUAGGGUUGCUGAUAUUUUAAAAGCGUCCUCUGGAGGUGUUGAUGCUACUCCUGCAGCCACAAGAGAGCGCUGUAGAGCUGUGUUACAUCCUCAGAGGGGGCUGUUACUUUACACUCAGUAGAAAGUGGUUUGGGUAUAUUUUCAGGUAGGCUACUAGAGACAAAUACUGGUCGGUUUGCAUGCCUCUGUCAUAAUUCAGAUUAUUUUGUGUGUAAUUUUAAUGACUUUCCAAGAUCAAAAAGGCACUGUCUUGAUUUUGCUGUACAUAUCAGAGGGAUAUGCUAUUAUAAACACAGAUGUUGGAAUAACUUCUGAUGAGCAGUUAUAUUUGAGAUAUAUACAGUAUUUAGAAUGUAGGCCUCCAACAGUUAGUUUUCAGCUAAUUAAUGUCGUUUUAUGCUCAUGUCUUUUGAAUUGUUUGUAAAUCCUCAUUUUUGUUGACGAGGACCUCUGGGCAGAGCUCAGAGGGAGAGACAGAUGUUGGCCUUGUUCCCAGUGGUCUUCUUGCAAUAAACUGAUUUA